CGCGGGCGCCCACGUGACCGCCGGGCCCCGUUCCUCAGUCCUUAUAUGGGCAGUGACGUCCCGGGCAUUCAGGGGGCCCCCAUAAAUAGUUACCGCCAGACUUGUCCUCCAGCGCGAGCUGCGGCGGGAGCGCGGCGCUCCCGGGGCACCGCGGGCACCGCACCGCCGCGACGGGGCGGCCGCCCGCCCGCACAUGCCGCGCCGGCUCCCCGCGGUCCCCCCGCGCUGGUAGUGGGAGGCAGGGGGAAGCGCCCCCUCCUCUCCCUCCCCUCCCCGCCCCGAGUGCCCACCGCCGGCCGGGAGCGCCGCUCCCCCGGCCGCCCCGCUGCCCCCAUGAUGACCGCCAAGGCGGUAGACAAGAUCCCGGUGACCCUCGGUGGGUUCGUGCACCAGCUCCCCGAGGCCAUUUACCCGGCGGAUGACAUCUCCGCCGCGCUGCCAACUUCGGUCGCGAUCUUCCCCAAUGCCGACCUGGCAGGGCCGUUCGACCAGAUGAGCGGUGUGGCAGGAGACGGUAUGAUCAACGUGGACAUGGGCGACAAGCGGGCCCUGGACCUGCCCUACGGUGGCGGCUUCGCGCCCAAUGCCCCGGCUUCCCGAAAUCAGACCUUCACCUACAUGGGCAAAUUCUCCAUCGACCCGCAGUACCCUGGCGCCGGUUGCUACCCCGAGGGCAUCAUCAACAUCGUGAGCGCGGGGAUCCUGCAGGGGGUCAGCACGCCCUCCUCCGCCGCCUCCUCCGCCGCCUCCUCCGCCUCCUCCGCCGCCUCCUCGGUCACCGCCGCCUCCGCCACCUCCCCCAACCCGCUGGCCGGGGCCCUCGGCUGCACCAUGGCACAGGGCCAGCCAGCCGACCUGGAGCAUCUGUACUCUCCUCCGCCGCCGCCCUACUCGGGCUGCGGUGACCUGUACCCGCAAGACCCCUCCUCGGCUUUCCUGCCCGCCGCCGGCGGCGGGGCACUGCCUUUUCCCCCGCCGCCCUCCUACCCCUCACCGAAGGCGGCGGCGGCCGACGGCGGGCUCUUCACCAUGAUCCCCGAGUACGGCGGCUUCUUCCCGCCGCCUCAGUGCCAGCGGGAGCUCCACGCCGGCCCCGACCGCAAGCCCUUCCCCUGCCCCCUCGACUCGCUCCGCGUCCCGCCGCCCCUCACGCCGCUUUCCACCAUCCGCAACUUCACGAUGGGGGCGCCCCCGGCGGGCGCCGCCCCCGGCAGCGCUCCCGGCAGCGGCGGAGGCGAGGGUGCGGGCGCCCGGCUGCCCGCCGGCGCCUACAGCCCGCACCACCUGCCGCUGCGGCCCAUUCUGCGGCCCCGCAAGUACCCCAACCGGCCCAGCAAGACGCCGGUCCACGAGCGGCCCUACCCGUGCCCCGCCGAGGGCUGCGACCGCCGCUUCUCCCGCUCCGACGAGCUCACCCGGCACAUCCGCAUCCACACGGGCCACAAGCCCUUCCAGUGCCGUAUCUGCAUGCGGAACUUCAGCCGCAGCGACCACCUCACCACCCACAUCCGCACGCACACCGGCGAGAAGCCCUUUGCCUGCGACUUCUGCGGUAGGAAGUUCGCCCGCUCCGAUGAAAGGAAGCGACACACCAAGAUUCACCUGCGCCAGAAGGAGCGAAAAGGAGCCGCCGCCGCCGCCGGCGGGUGUCCGCAACCCGGCGGCGGGAGCGGCACCGCCGCCCUGGCCCGGCGGGUGUACAUAGGGGCUGCGGCGGGAGGAUGGAUGCAUGCAGUGCCGUCGUGGUGA